AUGGAUCACUCACGCGACCCCUGCCCCUGGGUAGCCCUCAGCGACUUUGGCGGCGCCUUCUGUAUGGGCGCCAUCGGUGGCUCCGUCUGGCACGGCAUCAAGGGAUUCCGCAACAGUCCCUACGGCGAGCGCCGGGUAGGCGCCCUUACAGCCAUCAAGGCACGCGCACCCGUGCUGGGCGGGAAUUUCGGUGUGUGGGGAGGCUUGUUCUCGACGUUCGACUGUGCGAUCAAGGGCAUCCGCAAGAAGGAGGACCCGUACAAUGCUAUCAUUGCCGGUUUCUUUACUGGUGGUGCGCUAGCUGUCCGUGGCGGCGUUAAGGCUGCUCGGAACUCUGCGAUUAUGUGUGCUGUUUUCUUGGGUGUGAUCGAGGGCGUGGGCAUUGGGUUCCAGCGUCUUAUGGCUGAUAAUACCAAGCUUGAGCUUCCUCCAGUGCCUCAAACAGAGGGCGCGGCUCUUGCUUAA